AUGUCGUACCCACCGACAGAGACGGGUGUGCUCAGCAACGACAGUCUCUUUUCCGACUCGGUCAAUUUCGAUGCAGCAGAGAAGCCCAUCUCUGCUGCAGAUGUCCACAGCGUCUAUGACGCGAACGACGAGCCGCUUCGGCACGACGACCGCGGGCUGCCCACGAGUGAGGACAUGAUGCACGCCGGCCCGCGGUACCCUGAAGAAGAGCCUCCAGGGCCGCCGCCACCACCGGUAACGAACGCCUUCAUGAAGCCACGCAAGACAGCCACGAAGUCACCACAGACGUGGGUCCCAGUGAACCUGCAGGUGCCCGAGGACGACCCGGAGGACGAGUUCGACAUUGGCACCGCGCAGAAGCCCGUGUACGAGAGCCCCGCAGGACACGCUACUACCGGUGGUGCCGCUGCGCCGAAGGUGCAGUUCAUGAACGGCGAGCCCGACGUCGCAGGCGAGGUGACAAAUUGCUUCGAGGAGCCCGGGCUGCUCUACCGCAUCGUCGACCGACCAAACAAGAUGUGGACCUUCUACAACGACAGUCGCUCCUUCGAGGUCCACGUGGUGUGCACCUUUGGCAAGCACAGCAAGAUCACGUCGCUCGAAAACACCAAGAUGACGCGCGAUGACGACUCGGGCGAGUACGUGGUGGAGGUAACCGUCUACCCUGGUGAGACGGAGCCCUUCAUCAAGGGCUUUGUGAACGGCUUCGCGAGCAAACUGAGAGCGCUGCCGCUGUCGCAGGAGUACUUCCAGAGCCGCAGCGUGACGCAAAAUAAGGAGGUGGUGCAGGUGGAGAUGGACGCCAUUCGCGCCGUCGCCGGCGACGAGACGGACGCGGAGCGCAUUCUACAGAUCUGCCUGGCGAACAACCUCCCCUUCGUUGACCUCUCCUUCCCACCCGUGCAGUCGUCCAUCGACUCCGGGGCAUCCAAGUCGUUCAAGCAGCUGCCGUGGGGUCGGCCGCGCAUGUACGUGAAGCCGGAGACGCAGGACCAGAUCCGACUGUUCCGCAACGGUAUCUACCCCGGCGACGUAGAGCAGGGCGAGCUGGGCGACUGCUGGCUUAUAUGCGCGCUGGCCACACAGGCCGAGGACCCGACGGCGGUCAUGCAGAUGUUCCGGCACCCGAAGGGGGCCGUUGUGGCGAGGCGCGAGCGGGCCAUCGGUGCGUACCGCGUGUCCUUCAACAAGAACGGCCUCUGGCGCAGCAUCCUCGUGGAUGACUACUUCCCUGUCGUCGCCGGCGUGCCGGCCUUCGCGCACAGCCGCGACCUGUGCGAGCUGUGGCCGGCCGUUCUCGAGAAGGCAUUUGCCAAGAUGCACGGUAGUUACGCGAUGAUUCAGUCCGGUGACCCGAUGCACGCGCUGACAGACAUGACAGGCUUCCCGAGCAUGCGCAUCGACGAACUGUUUGCCAAGGCAAAGGAAAACAGCGGCCGCGACCUGGAGCCGAAGAUGAUCCAGUGGCUGAAGAAGGGCUAUCAGGUCAUCCUCACGACCCCCGGCAAGGCACCGGCGAUCGCGCCGGACGCACAAAGCUCUCCUGACUUCUCUGAUCAGCCCGAGAUGGAGGAGGCGCUCGCCGGCACCGGAGUUCUUCCCGGUCACGCCUACUCCGUGCUGGACGUGAAGGAGUUCAACAAGGGCCAGAUCCGCCUGGUUUGUCUGCGCAACCCGUGGGUGUAUGGCAGCGGCUGGACGCAGGCGUGGGGGUGGGGUACCCCGGAUUGGCAACAGCACCGCGACAUCGCCACCGCGUGCGGCUUUGCCAAGCACAAGGGUGACCUCAGCAUCGUCUGGAUGGCAUUCGAGGACGCGCUUAAGUACUUCAUUGGCGGCGGCGUGCUUUUCCGCGCGCCAGCGGCGCAUGACGUGCGCGUGCCGAUUACCUUCGCCGACUGCAAGCCCGGCACCGUCUUCCAGGUCUCAGUGAAGGCUCCGAUGGAUGUCACGUUCAUCUUGUCGAACAUGGACCACCGCGGCAUGCACGCCGACGAGGCCGGCGCGGCCGAGGCCGACCCAAACAACAUGGACUACCCACCUGUGAUGCUCUCGCUUGCCGCGCCGGUGCCGAAAGAGACGGAUGUGUAUCAGGUUGUGCGGAACACCUCGACAGAUAUGACGCAGCCGUCGGACAACGCGUGGCUGUUCCUGCAGGCGCGCGAGAUUGCCAUGACAUGCCACCUGGAGCCGAGCACCGCGCCGUACCUCCUCAUUCCGCGCCUCAUGGAGGGCGAUGAGACGCUCGGCAACGGCAACGGCGGAGGUGAGGACAUGCGCGACCUCGUGCAUCCGAUCCACUUCUUCAACGAUUACUCUCACCUCUUCCCGGAUGUGUCGGACGUGAGCACGAAGGAGAUUGCCGUGACGAUCGGCUUCCAGGCGGACGAGGAGAUUGGCGAUCAUGUUGUCGUGGCCAUGUGCAAGAUGAGCGGAGCCAACGCCGUCUUCGAGAACUUCCCGAAGUUCCCGACAGACGACGUGGGGUCGCAGGAGGAGGAGUUGUACUUCCAGACCAAGGCGAGCAACUGCGGCUAUGCGCAGGAAAAGGCUGGCGCGGUCAUAUGCUGA